UGACCACUAAGCAGAUUAUGAGCCAUUCAAACGCUAUUUUAGCCCAUGAAUUGUUUAGAACAGAUGUACACACAUUUGAAUCAUUGUCGGUGAACUUGCCACACACUCCUCCUCCUUUGCAAAUGACUAUGACCAAUGCCCAACCAAACCCUGCUUUUCAUCAAUUCUCCACCUUUACAAGCAGCAUGCCAUCUGAACGUGAAUCAAGUGCCUCCAUUCCAGUCCUUCAACCCUCCAAAUCAAUGGACAUCUCAAGCAGCUACAGUCAGGACAUGCUGGACACUAAACAUGUCCACUCCUCAACAACAAAGCAGCCAUUUUGGGCCAAGAAUGAAUCAGCAAACCCCCCCAGUCACAACCACAAUGUGCUCGUUGUUCAGCCCGCCACCACAGAUAGCGAGACGCAUCCGUCUCCAGCUAUUGACGACCAGUCUUUUGUCCCUACAAAUGGCACAGUCGACACCCCGACCGAAGGAGUCAGCGCAGGUUUUGGCUCUAUGCACAGUGAUGCCACCAAUGGGACUACUACAGAACUGGCCGCAUGUCCAUGUAAAGCUCCCUUUCAUAUUACAUGUCUGUGUGGACUUUCAACCGGGAACAAGGAAAUUUUCUACAAAAUAUCUCUUGUGGUUAUCGAUGAACAACCAAACACCCCCAGGGAUGUUAAGACGCUACUAUCUCAAUGGCUUGAUCAAACGUUUCAGAACUGGAUCUAUAGAGUUUAUGUUAAUAGUGUCAGUCUCCAACCUGACACUGUUCUCUCAAAGGGCACAACGAUACGACAAACCUACAUGGCCCUGCUGGUGUAUAACAAUACAACAGAUGCAAGUCUGACAGAGGCAGAGAUUGAGAACAGGCUGAGAAUUGACCUUGGGAUUGGAAAUGGCUUGAUAUUGGACAGUAUGAUCGUGAAUUUAAUGGAAAACUGCCAGCCAGAGGAGUUUCCAUUCCACUACAGAUGGCCAGAGAGCAGACCCACUGUCACCCAGUAUAUCCCCUGCUUCCCUUACAAAGAGCAAAAUGCAUCCAGGACUUGCAUGAUUAACCAGUAUAAUUAUACAUCAUUUUGGGGCCUCCCUGACCGUGGAAACUGCACUAAUAUAACAAGCAUUUUUGUUUCACAAGAGAAUGCAAUGGAAGUGGCCGUGCAGCUCGCUGACAUCACCAAUAAUGAGCUCUCAAUAGAGGAGGUGACACAGAUUGUCUCCAAGUUGAAAGAGCUUGUGAACAUAGCCAAAAUCAAUGCCACCCUGGCCAGCACUAUGGUCACUAUCAUCUCCAACGUCAUGGUCAGCUCAGAUGCCGCUCAGAAGGACAACUCAGAGACAGCUCUCAAAGCAGUGGAUGAACUAGUGCAGAAGAUGGAGUUUGAUGGACAAUCACUGACCAUCACAUCCAAAUAUCUGGCAAUAGGAGUUUCUGCCCUCAACACCAGCAAUUUUAAUGGGACCACUUUCAGUGCGUUUAUAGCAACAAACACGACAGACCCUCAGAUUGAUUUUGAGUCAGAGGCCCAGAAUGCUUUGGCUGUGGUCACUCUACCUGCAACACUGCUGCACAACCUGAGUAAUUCACAAAUGGAGAGAGUGUCCAGAAUAAACUUUAUGUUCUUCACCAGGACAGGGCUCUUUCAGCACUUUGGAUCAUUAAUGGAUGAGCCAAGUAAUGGCAAGUCCUUGAACAGCUAUGUGGUGGCUAGCAGUGUUGGCAACUUCAUAAUCAAAAACCUGCAGGAUCCCGUCAAGAUCGAGAUUGCACAUUUGGAGUACCAGAGAGAACCAAAGCCUCUUUGUGUGUUUUGGGAUUUCAACCUUCAAAGUGAGGAUCACACAGGGGGCUGGAAUAGUGAAGGCUGUGAGGUCAGUCCGGAGUCCAACAGCAACAGGACCGUCUGCUUGUGUAAUCACCUCACACACUUUGGCAUUCUAAUGGACAUCUCUGGAGCUGCUGCGCAGAUAGAUGAGAAGAACAACAGGGUUCUUACCUUCAUUACCUACAUCGGCUGUGGCAUCUCAGCCAUUUUUUCAGCAGCAACGGUGCUCACGUACAUCGCUUUUGAGAAGCUGCGGCGAGACUAUCCUUCCAAGAUCCUGAUGAAUCUCAGCACGUCACUGCUCUUCCUCAACAUGGUGUUUCUUCUGGAUGGCUGGUUGGCUUCAUACGACAUUGAGGGAUUGUGUGUGGCAGUGGCUGUUUUCCUGCACUUUUUUCUUCUCACUUCCUUCACCUGGAUGGGCUUAGAGUCCAUCCACAUGUACAUUGCCCUGGUCAAGGUCUUCAACACCUACAUACGGCGAUACAUCCUCAAGUUUUGCAUUGUGGGAUGGGGUGUCCCUGCAGCAAUUGUUGGAAUUGUGUUGGCUGUGAGCAAAGAUUCUUAUGGAAAAAACUAUUAUGGAAAAGGAGAGAAUGGACAGGGCACAUCAGAAUUCUGUUGGAUUCAUAAUCCAGUGGUAUUCUACGUGACGUGCGUGGGCUACUUUUCCAUGAUCUUCCUGAUGAAUGUUGCCAUGUUCAUCGUGGUCAUGAUCCAGAUCUGCGGGCGUAAUGGCAAGCGCAGCAACCGAACACUCCGAGAGGAGAUCUUGCGUAACAUGCGAAGUGUGGUCAGCCUGACGUUCUUGCUGGGCAUGACCUGGGGCUUUGCUUUCUUCGCCUGGGGUCCGGUCAGCCUGGCCUUCAUGUACCUCUUCUCCAUUUUCAACUCCCUACAAGGAUUAUUCAUAUUUGUGUUCCACUGUGCCCUGAAAGAAAAUGUACAAAAGCAAUGGAGGAGAUAUUUGUGCUGUGGAAAGUUCCGCUUGGCAGAUAAUUCAGACUGGAGCAAGACUGCCACUAAUAAUACCAAGAAAGUGAGUUCUGAUAACCUGGGAAAGUCCCUCUCCUCCAGUUCCUUUGGCUCCACUACAGCCAACUGGACGUCUAAAGCCAAAGCCACACUAAACCCCUUUGCCAGGCACAGUAAUGCAGGUAAAAGCUUCUCCAAUCAGAGCAGUCCCAAAUGCAGCCCUUCCGACGGAGAGGCUUCCUCGUCCAUCCUCCCCGUGCACCAGGUCUUGGACAAGGUAAAGGGCUACUGCUCCGUACGCUCGGACAACUUCUACAAAAACAUCAUCAUGUCAGACAGCUUUAGCAAUAGCACUAAAUUCUAGGGAGAGGAGGCUGAGAUGGAGCCGUCCUGUGUCCCAGACUUACCUUGUGUGGAAAGGCAGGAUCAUGUUUAUACGCUACAGUGCUUAUUGAGUUAACCCUCCCCAACUGGAGUAGAGAAACAUAACCCUGUAGAGAGGGCAAGCUAUGAAAGUGUGGAUUUUACAUACUGUGAUAUUCAGCUUAUACUGACUAUGUGAUCUGUAAAUAAUCAUAAUAUAUUUUACUGUUUGUGCUUUUUCUAAUUUUUGUUUUGCAUACUUUUUUUUUGCACAUUACUUUGUUUUCUUGUAUAUAUAAAUCCAUAAAUGCUUGCUGCGGCAUACAAAAUGGGACCAUUUCACGACCAAAGACUUAAAAACAUGAGGAGGAGCUAGUUCCUCUAUUCGGGACUUAAAGAACAUGAAUGGUUGGAGCUUGAAUUUUAAUGCUUGUGAAUUUUGCCUUGGUUUAAGCAGAUAAAGAACAUUUUCGCUGUAAAUUAGUGAACCUUUAAUACCUUUAUUUUGUCAUUAUUUAAAUGAUCUCUGUCUUUACAUGAUCUACUACUGAUUAACAUGUCAUAGAAAAUGUUGUUUUUUUACAGUGUGAACAAUAGUUACAGUGCAUACAGUUACAUGACACUACUCUAAUAGAAGGGCAGGACAGCAAGAUCAGUCUUCUGCUAUUUGACAAUGGAAUGGAAGACAACAGCUAUACGCCAAAUCUAACAUGUUCAGAUCUUCCUAUUGCUGUAGUUUAAUGGCAUUGGUGUUUCGACUUGGUAUUUAUUUUAAACGCUUUUAAGAGAUUUAUAUGCUUAAGUGAAGAAAAUGUCAACAGCAGGAAACAUUUACCAAGGGCUGUUCAGUUUGCUCUGGUCAUCAGUGUAGAUCAUCAUUAGUAUAGUGGCUAUGGAUGUUUUAUGAAAAUGUGACAUCUUGCAUAUUAAAUGCACUUAAACCAGA